GUUUGUUUAUGUUUGGCUCGAUUCAACGCAAAGUGCGCGGACCGUCUCGGAACAUCGUCGUCAUUUCUAUUUCCGCCGGGUUUCUUUCGAAUUCUGUGUUUUAAUCGCGUUGUGCCGUAUCUAACGUGACAAGUGACAAGUGAGAGAGAUGGCGGACGAGAACGAGAAUUCGUGCGACAAGUUCGACACCGAAGUCAAGCCGGAUAAGAUGUUUACGCUGAAAAAGUGGAACGCCGUGGCCAUGUGGAGCUGGGAUGUUGAGUGCGAUACUUGCGCUAUUUGCCGUGUCCAGGUCAUGGAUGCCUGCCUGCGCUGCCAGGCCGAGAGCAAAAAGGACACGCUCGGGCGCCAGGAUUGCGUCGUUGUUUGGGGCGAGUGCAACCACUCCUUCCAUCACUGCUGCAUGUCGCUGUGGAUCAAGCAGAACAAUCGGUGCCCACUGUGCCAGCAGGAAUGGUCCAUCCAGCGCAUGGGCAAGUAAGCCCCAGGAAGUGACCCCCGCACCGGAAGGAAUCUCUCGUUUUUUGUUUGUUUUUUUGGUGAAUGGUUUUAUUUCCUUCGAUAAAGUGUGCUUAAAAACGUGAAUAAAUAAAAUUGCAAAUCUGCUAUCAAUCAGAA